AUGGACACAGUGGAAACAACCACGACCCUUGCCUUUGAGGCGCUUCCGCCGGCAAAGGACUCGGUGUCUUCCAUCACUUUCCUCACCGCCUCCUUGUGGUACUGGCUGUGGGUGUUCUUCAAGAUCAUGAACUAUGUAGUGGUGAUUAUCCCCACGAUCUUCUUGAACAUGCUCCAGAUGAACUUCCAGAUAACCUUGUCGCUUCUGUCGAUCUUGACUUGUUUGGUCAUCACGGUGUCGCUUUGCUACUUUAUCGUGAGGCACAAGUACCUCACGCGUUACUCCAAGGAUACGCUUCCACCCAAGCAGGAUAACUUAGGCCAUGCCAGCCGUAGCAUUGAUUAUGUCACGGGCUCCCGGAAACGCAGGGGCAAUGACAGAUCCAAAACUUACUUGGACGAGUUCUUGAGCGCCAUCAAGGUGUUUGGUUAUCUUGAGAGACCCGUGUUCCACGAAUUGACCAAGAACAUGACCACCCAGCGCCUCGAGGCUGACGAGAUCUUGUACUUGGACGAGAAACUCGGCUUUUCUAUUGUGGUGGAGGGAACCGUCCAGGUCUACACCAAAUUGCAUGAAAAACACGGCACUCACUUUGAGUUUGACGAGGACACGGACAAGGCCGAAAAGGACGAUAUUUUGAUCAUCAAGGGCCAACACUACCAGUUGCUUAACGAGGUAAAAAGUGGCGCUGCCCUCUCCUCGUUGCUUAGCACGUUGGACCUCUUCCACACCAGGAAUACCGCCAUGUCCUCGCCAGCCCUUCCUCCUUCCUCGAAUAGAACCAACCCUUUGGCCCGGCCAAAGCCCGUUCUCCACAGCCGUCUCAACUCUAGACAACUGAGUACCUCUACGCCCAUUGAACCUCUUUCGUUGAGCCCUGUCCACGGUUCCAGUCCAGCUCCACAAGGAAAGGCCGACGAGCAACGCAAUUACUUCAAUUCUCCUCGCAUUAACACAACUGGAAGUGUGCACGGCCAACCGGAAUCGGCGGCAGGCACGCCAAUGGAGCAUGGAAGCUUUCCUAUCUACGACCACAGCUUCUCCGAUUUGCCCGAGGUGGUCGCUAGACCCAAGCCAUCGGCAGCAAAAAGCGAGUUUCCUUCCUCUGCCACUAUCGCCAUUAUUCCUGGUCUGGCCUUCCAAAGGGUCCAAACAAGGUACCCCAAGGCAACUUCCCACAUUGUCACCAUGGUACUUACUCGGUUGUACAAGGUCACAAUGAACACCGUGCAUACUUACCUUGGCUUGAUUCGUGAAGUAUUUGAUUCGGAGAUUGCAUUGAACUCCAUUCAUGAGGAGUGCAAGUUACCAAGCUAUUUGUACGACGGUGUCAUUGAAAGUUACCAUCAACAAAGAGCAGAGGAAGCCGAAAGUGGGAGCAUGCCCAUUUUUUCAAAAUCAAAGAGACGUCAGAGGAAGCUUCACCGCGAGAACUCAUCAAGGUAUGUUGUUCUUGCCAGUCGGUCGAAGCCCUCGCAUCCUGGUGACUUGCUUUCGUCCGUGCCUCUUUCUCGUACGUCUGACUACUCCAAACUGCACGCCUCAUCCCUUUCGGAUGAAACAAACAUUUUGACUAGCUGGGAUAGUCAAAAACAAUUGUCGAAGGAGCCUACCAAAAGUAACGUCUCUCCCGUCUUGAAAAAGUCCAAACUCAAACGCAGAGAAAACCUUCGGACCAGGUCUUUCUCUGAUGAGAGAGAAGAAACAGAGGAAACGUCUUUGCGUAUCGCCAUUGUUGAAAACUUGUUUAAGCUCUUGGGUAUUGACGAAAAUUCGUCCCAGCUUAACAUGCACGGUAUCAGCAGUGGUCAGAUUUCGGCUAACUCCUCUUCACUUGGAUUAUCUUCUCUCAUGAGUGAUCUGUCGUUACCUCUCACUACUGAGCGUAACGUCUUAGAUGCUGAAAGAGGGAGAGAAGCAGCAUUCAAUUCAUCUUACUUCGGCUACAAAGCCGCUUUUCCACAAACAUCCCAAAAGUUCUAUAACACCAUUCAUCACACCAAGCCUGAAAAUGUCGAGAGUCAAAGUGCUUCACCAAAUUCUAGAAGGCCCUCACAAUCAAGUCUGGAGGUGAACUUUGCCACCGUGAAGAACGCCUUCAGCAAGCAUAUCGAGGUGAAAUACUAUCAACCAGGCGAGGUGAUUGUGGAGCAAAAUGCCUUGAGUCCUGGUCUCUUUUAUGUUAUUCAUGGAGGAUUAGACAUCGUCCAUGAGUCUCACAAGGACAAUAAGGAAGAUAUUGUUAGUAAACGUCUUUACACCGUGAGGCCAGGUGGUAUGGCUGGGUAUCUCAGUUCUAUUGUUGGUCUCCGCUCUUUAGUCUCGAUCAAAAGUUCAAAAGAUGAUGGCACCAUCGUGGCUCACAUCUCCAAAAAUGACUUCACGCGUCUCAUGGAUAAGUUUUACUUUCUUCAAUUGCCUGUGGCAGCUAAACUCAAGAGCUUGCUUCCAAGCCUCAUUGUCACGAUUGAUUUUGCUCUUGAAUGGUGUCACAUCCCGGCUGGUGGUGUGUUAUGUUCGCAAGGUGACUUGGCCAACGGCUUUCACGUUGUAUUGAGUGGUCGCUUUAGAGUCGUCAGAAACAAGAAAAUGAAUAUUGAGAAUGAGGAGGAAGAUAGUGACCUCGGUCAUCUCAUUGAUGAUUCUAACAUACCUAAGCAUCAACAGGAUAAGGAAGAUUUUGAAGUCUUGGGCGAAUAUGGUCAUGGUGCCUCAAUUGGUGAGGUCGAAGUGCUUACUGCCUCGAGACGUACAAACUCGCUUAUUGCUGUGAGAGAGUCUGAGACAGCCAGAAUCCCAAGAACAUUGUUCGAGAUGUUGUCGUUACAAAAUCCAUCCAUUAUGGUGAAGGUAUCGAGAAUUGUCGCAAACAGAAGUCUUGAAGCAAGCAAGAGAGAUAGAACUAACACUCUUAUCGCUACCACCUCCAAAAGCUCGGUUGUUGAAAUCAACAAUGACUAUAAAACAAUUACCAUUUUGCCGGCCACCAAUGGCUUGCCUGUCCGUGAAUUCGCAGAUAAAUUGGUUCAUGCUCUCAAAGCGCUUGAUCGUCAUGUCAUUGCAUUGGAUAGAACCUCCACAUUGUCGCACUUGGGUAGACAUGCUUUCGAUGAAAGACUUGCUCAAUUGAGACUCUCUGGUUACUUUGCUUACCUAGAGGAGGAAUACCAAACGGUAGUGUACAUUUGUGAUUCGCCAUUGAAAUCUUCUUGGACAUCUACUUGUAUCUCGCAAGGUGAUUGUAUCUUGUUAUUGGCAGAUGCUGAAGACUACGACUGUGCUGCAAAUGUCGGUGACUACGAGAGAUUGCUCUUGAAGCUUAAAACUACCGCGAGAACAGAAUUAUGUCUUUUGCAUCCCGAGGCUUCUGUCUUCCCAGGAUCAACAAGCAUCUGGCUUAAGAAUAGAAUUUGGGUCCAAGGCCACCAUCACAUCCACAUGGAUGUUGUGAAGCAACCAACCGAGAAACCCAUAAAAAAGAAGCCGAAUGUACUUACUGACCUUGCCAUUAAGCUUGGUACCAAGGCUAAUCCAAACAUCAAGAUGAAGUUCCUGAACGUCAAAUCAAGAGCGAUGAACUCGCUCAUCAAACUCAACGCCCGAGUUAACAAGUCAGAGAAUGUGCCCGUGUUGUACAAGAAUGAUUUCAUGAGGUUAGCAAGAAUCUUGUCAAACGAAGCUGUUGGCCUUGUUCUUGGUGGUGGUGGAUCCAGAGGAAUCUCGCACGUUGGUGUUGUAACUGCCCUUGAGAAGCAUGGUAUUCCAGUUGAUUUGAUUGGCGGUACAUCCAUUGGAUCCUUUGUCGGCGGUUUAUAUGCCAAGGAGAACAAUAUUGUGUCGAUCUACGGUAUGACAAAGAAGUUCUCGAGAAGAAUCGGUGCGGUCUGGAGAAUGCUUUUUGACUUGACGUACCCAGUGACAUCCUACAUCACGGGCCAUGAAUUCAACAGAGGUAUCUGGAAAGUGUUUGGUGUCCACGAGAUUGAAGACUUCUGGAUUCGUUACUUCUGCAACUCGACGAAUAUCACAAACUCGACUAUGGAGAUUCAUGAAAGAGGCUACGCUUGGAGAUUCAUCAGAGCGUCUAUGUCGUUGGCAGGUCUUCUUCCACCAAUUACCUACAAUGGACUGAUGCUUCUUGACGGUGGGUACUUGGAUAACCUUCCUGUCAUGGAGAUGAAGGUCAGGGGUGCUAAGCACAUUGUGGCUGUGGAUGUAGGCUCAGUGGAUGACAGAACUCCAAUGAACUAUGGAGACACCUUGUCUGGCUUCUGGGUUCUUUUAAACCGCUGGAAUCCGUUCUCAAAGCACCCCAAUGUGCCCAACAUGAUGGACAUUCAGUUGCGGUUGGCAUAUGUUGCCAGUGUCAACGCCCUCGAGGCUGCCAAGAAGAUGCCUGGAGUGAUGUAUCUCCGCCCACCUAUCGAUGACUAUGCUACCUUGGAUUUCAUGAAGUUUGACGAGAUCUACAAUGUCGGUUUGGCGUACGCUGACGAAACUAUCGGCAAAUGGGCCAACGAGGGCAAGUUGCCCAAGUUUGCCGGUGUCACCAAUCUCAAACUGAAGGAAGGAAGCCACCCCAAGAGCAGGUUUAGAAGAAACUCCAUCUGA